UUUGACAUCCUAGCGAGAGACGUCGGCGGUGGUGAAUUUUCGUGGAUUUUUUGUGGCCAAAAGACGCUGUUUUUCACAUCAAUUCCUACAUUCUUAGUGAUUAAAGUUCCUUCAGAUCAGAGUUAAAAAGACAGCUCACAGUUUCACAAUGGGAGAUUGCGACGAUACUGUGAAAAAGAGCCAACGCACCUUGACUCUGGGACAAGAAACUACGCAAAAAGUUCAAGAAUACAAAGACACGCUGAUCAAAAAAGCCGAAGAACUUAUCAUCAAAGGAUUCCCGGAAAAGAUAGUGAAGUUGAAUGAUCUGCUUGCCACUCCCGAAUUCGCCGAGAGGAACUUCACCGAUGUCUACCAGGAUCUUAACAUUCCAGUGCCGGAUCCGAUUGACCUCAACAAUACCGAGGGCGAAAAAGUCGAUUCCGAGGAGCCCGCUGCCAAGCGUGCCCGUGUUGAUUUGUCCUCGGUAAGUGGCACAAAGGUAAUGGCCCUACCGAACGGUCGAGUUCAGUGCAACACACCGAUCUGUGACCUGAUCAAAGUGGUCAAACCGGUUAUCCGGGCUCUGGUUGAAGAUUCAAACCUGCUGAAGAUGUGGAUUUCCUUCAUGAUUCCUAAAAUUGAGGACGGAAACAACUUCGGAGUGUCCAUCCAGGAAGAUACUCUCGCCGAGAUUCAGUCAGUCGAAACUGAAGCCGCUGCAUUCUUCGAUCAAAUCUCCAGAUACUUUGUAUCGCGAGCGAAGGUCGUCUCCAAAGUGGCCAAGUAUCCGCACAUUGAUGACUACCGCCGUGCAGUUCAGGAACUGGACGAGAAAGAAUUCCUCAGCCUAUGGCUCGUUUUAAGCGAGGUGCGAAAUCGCUACUGUUCGCUUCACGAUAUCGUCAUUAAGAAUAUGGAAAAGUUGAAAAAGCCACGAUCGUCCAAUGCCGAAAGUUUGUACUAAAGGGAUGAGAAGGCUGUUGCUACUACUGCUACCAUUGUUGCAGUAAAUUACCAGAAUCGACAAGCGACCAUCAUACAUUUCUCGUUACUUACCCAGCACAUUCGUGCGCUAGCAACUCAACAACAGCAAAAAGGCAACAGUUUAAGCGGCAAAAGUAAGAAACAAUACGUGUUAGCUACCUACCUAUUUUCCAGACACUGAUCGACUCCGAGGACAAAUCCAAAAGUAUGCUAUAUUCCGCGGAAACAAAUCUAUCAGGCUAUUCAUAAUAUAGUUAUGUUACUUUUUCUGCACUGCAAAAUCCAACAAUCUUUAUUUUAAGUCAAACAGUUGAAACAUGUAUCGAUUGAAAGUGAGGCGAUUUGUCUGCGAAACACUGUGUUUUGGAUUUUUAAUUUCAUGAUUAAACCUGAUUCCCACACAAAAUGGUAUCUAAUAUACAUUUUUAUAGAGGUAUCACACCAAAAUGCUAAA